UAAAUAUACACAAAGUUAAAAACUAGUUUCAAAUGUUGAAAAUGUUUCACUUGUUGCAAAUGUAUUUCGGUGGUCGAUUGCAUAUUUUUACAUCGUCAUCAAAAAGUGACGGUAUUCCCCGGAAAUAAGGACAGUUUCAUUAUUUUGUUUGCAGAACUGCGUUGAUUGCUGGAAAGAAACAUGUCUGGCAGUUUCUAUUACGUCAUGGUUGGUCAUCAUGACAACCCAGUCUUUGAAAUGGAGUUCUUACCUGCUGGUAAAGCUGAGUCAAAGGAUGACCACCGGCAUCUGAACCAGUUCAUUGCACAUGCGGCUCUCGACUUGGUGGAUGAAAACAUGUGGCUGUCUAACAACAUGUACCUGAAGACUGUGGACAAGUUCAAUGAGUGGUUUGUCUCUGCGUUUGUCACCGCAGGACAUAUGAGAUUCAUCAUGCUUCAUGAUGUACGACAAGAAGAUGGAAUCAAAAACUUCUUUAAUGAUGUGUAUGAUUUAUACAUUAAGUUUGCAAUGAAUCCUUUUUAUGAAACCAAUGCUCCAAUCCGGUCGACGGCAUUUGACAGAAAAGUGCAGUUCCUUGGAAAGAAGCACCUCUUGAGCUAAUGAACCAACCUGAGUUCUGCACCUUUUUUUAUUUUCUUCAUUGUGUUUAUCAUACACAUCAUUGGUCUACGAUCACCUGUUGGUUGUGUUUUGAUAAAUUCCCUGUUAUUACUUGCUUUAUUCUUACCAACCACAGUAUAAAAGACAGCAUUGGGAAGUGUUUUAUAAUGAAUUAAUGGUAUGUGUGAGUGUCACCAGCAUUUUGUUGCCUAGUUUGAUAAUAGUGACAUGGUCUCUGAGGUCUAGUUUGAUAAUAGUGACAUGGUCUCUGAGGUCUAGUUUGAUAACAGUGACAUGGUCUCUGAGGUCUAGUUUGAUAACAGUGACAUGGUCUCUGAGGUCUAGUUUGAUAAUAGUGACAUGGUCUCUGAGGUCUAGUUUGAUAACAGUGACAUGGUCUCUGAGGUCUAGUUUGAUAACAGUGACAUGGUCUCUGAGGUCUAGUUUGAUAAUAGUGACAUGGUCUCUUGAGGUCUAGUUAGAUAAUAGUGACAUGGUCUCUGAGGUCUAGUUUGAUAACAGUGACAUGGUCUCUGAGAUCUAGUUUGAUAACUGACAUGGUCUCUGAGGUCUAGUUUGAUAAUAGUGACAUGGUCUCUGAGGUCUAGUUUGAUAAUAGUGACAUGGUCUCUGAGGUCUAGUUUGAUAAUAGUGACAUGGUCUCUGAGGUCUAGUUUGAUAAUAGUGACAUGGUCUCUGAGGUCUAGUAUGAUAAUAGUGACAUGGUCUGUAUGAGCUAGACCUUGAAUGAGCUUGGUUAAAACAUGUAUAUUUAAUUUCUGAUGUUUGUGAAAUGUUCUAUGUCUUACUGUCCAGAUUUUCUCAUCAAAACACUUUCCAAAUCAUUCACUAGCGUGCAUGUGUGUGCAUUUGCCAUACAAAGUAAUGGCAGAACAUUUCACUAAUCAUUAAGCAUGUACAAAGACCAGCCGAUGCAAACAAACACUCACAUUCUGCGUGUAAUCGAUCCUGUAUAUAUGCAGUAAUAUUCACCACACCAGAAAACAUUUCCCAAAUGACUUACUGCUGAAGUCUAACUCUUAACUGAUAUCUUUUUCACAUUUUAACAAAGUGUUUUUUCCUCCCCUGUAACAGUGGAGACUAAAAACAAACAUCUUUAGGAAAGAUCAUUCAUUCAAGGACUGUUUUUAUUCAAAUAGCAUUUUUCAUUUAACUUGCGUUCCGGUCAUUCUGCUGCUGUAGCAAAAUGAUAUAAAAACUGAGCAAAGAAAACUGUUCUCAACACUCUAUUUUGUGAGGAUGUACAAUACUGUAAAAUCAAUAAGCAAUGAUUGUUGUAAUCAAAUGUUACUAUUAAAACUAUACUCGUGUGUAAGAAAAUGAAAUUGAUCUCCAUAAAUGUAAAGAAAAUACAUGUUAGAUUAAUUAAGAUGCCCAUAGAAACAACAACAAUGGACAGGUACAUACAUUAAACAUGGUUUAGCAUAUCCACCACCAUGACCAAAUUCAUAAUGUAUCACCCAUCUGUUAAUUACAAUUAGCCAGGUUAUCAGAACACUGAGGUUCUGGAAUGGUAAGAACAAGGUUAUGUACUACCUUAUUGGUAGAGAGCAGAAUGUCAUGCUGCAUAAGAACUCUGCUUUAUUCUGUGCAAGUGUUGAACAUUGUGUCCAUUGCAUAAUGAUAACUCAUUCAUUACGGUACGUUGUGCAGAUAUCGCAAGGCCAGCAAAUUCAGCUACCAGCACCAAUAAUAUUAUAGAGUAAGAAAUCAUAAACCUUAAUUUCUGCUUAGAUUUCCCACUCUCUGUACUAUAAAGUAGUGAUGCUAGAUUAGUGCUUUAACUUUUUCAAAUGAAGACUGCAUAAAUUACUCUGCUUUGUAUCAACAUUUGUUGUAAUAAAUAUUAAUAUAUUA